AUGAAAAAUUACUCACUUGAUAUAAAUGAAGUAUAUUAUAUAUGCUAUAUGUUAACAAAAUCCGUACAAUCAAAUCUUUUUAAUAAUUGUAAAUCAAUAUCAUUAAAUAGUUUAAAUCAGCAGACCCAUACGACAAAAGAUAAAUUAAGAACAUAUAAAGUAAGCCCCAUGACAACGAUAGGCGCACGUGAAAAAAAAAAUAUUGCAACAAUAUUAAAAUUUCAACAAGAUAUUGUACCACAAGUGAUAUUAAGUGAAGUGACAGAUUCAAAAGAUUUAUUUUUAUUUAUUUUAUUAUAUUCAUUACAAUGUAAAGAAUUAGAAGUUAUAACAUCAACAUUCGUCAUGGCAAUAAUACAUUUUUUUACAUAUCUAGAAGAGAAAUUUGAUUUAAUUUGUAAACAUAUCGAAAUGGUUUGUAUUAGUUAG